UUCAAAUUAAUAGUAUUUCAUGCUUUUAAAAUGUUUGUUUUGCAUAGUUCUAUACAUAACAGAAUGCUUUACGCUGAACCAAACAACUCCAAAUUCAGUAAAUGUAUCUGAGACAAGUACGGAGGCUUCUGGUCCAAAUACAGAAGUAUGGGUCCCUCGUGUGAUCAAUGGUGCUCCAGCUAAGUUAGGGGAGGUUCCUUAUCAGGUGGCCUUAAAGAAACUGUUGGAAGGCGAUAUCUAUAUGACUUUUUGUGGUGGAUCCAUAAUCAGCAAUAAGAAAGUGCUAACUGCUGCCCAUUGCUUUGCGGAAAUCAUACACAGUAACAAUUCACAGGCAAGUAAUUUCAACUACUAUAAUAAUAUGUUUAUUGACGAAAACUUACUGAUAAACAAAUGUGCUGUUGCUGGCUCUCUACUAAAUAAAGACAAAUACACUGGUAGUGACGUCCAAGCGCAAUGGAGGACGCUGUCAAGCGUCAAAUACCCCGAAGAAUUCAGUUUUCCCAAUUAUGAUAUAGCAGUUGUUUAUCUACGUAAGCCAUUUAUUUAUACUGACUACGUAAAACCAAUUCCGAUUCCAUCAAAAGAUUUGGAAUAUCAUGGCACUUGUUUGGUCUCAGGGUAUGGCAGAAUAAGCCAUACUAAAAAGGAGGCAAUCAGUAAUAUUCUGUUAACAGCACAGCUGGAAGUGAUACAACAAUCGACAUGCUCUAUAUUGCAAUUAAGUGCUAACAACGGUUUUGUGUGCACUAACACCCACACAUCAGAUGUUGCAAAGGGUGAUUCUGGCGGUCCUCUAGUUUGUAAAGGUACAGGAGACCCAAAAGAAACUAAGCAAGGACUAUUAGUUGGUGUAAUCAGUGGCCACGUGACAUCGUCUUACUCAUUCUUCAGUAAAGUUUCCAAAUACCUCGAUUUCAUAAAAGAUGACUUCGUGUCCUUCGCUCCGAAAAGACCAGUGAAAAAACCACCUCGUAAACGCAAGAACUCUUCUGCGUGUCUUCAAAAACCUUUAUAUCCACUUCUUGUUUUACCGCUUGUACAUACUCACAUACAUACACAUCUCUCCUUCGGUCCAUGGAGAUAGAAAGAAACCACAGAGCGCUACCUACCUUAUAAAAUCCUUAGAAGAUACUGUAGGCGGAAGGUGGAGAAGAACUCUUAUGACGCCCAUUUAUUAUUUCUUACGAGCUUCGUUUUCGUUAUUAAAAUUUUAGACUAAACUGAAAGUAUUUGCCCAUUGAAGUUAAUGUGUUAGUAUAUUAAUUGAGCAAAUAAAAUUACUCUUGCAAGUUA